AUGGGACAGCAGUUCACCAACGCUGAAGGGGAGCAAACAGAGAUUGACGUUGCAGAGUUGCAGGAAUGGUAUAAGAAAUUUGUGGUUGAAUGUCCCAGUGGGACCCUCUUCAUGCACGAAUUCAAGCGGUUCUUUGGGGUCCAGGAUAACCGUGAAGCAGCAGACUACAUUGAAAACAUGUUCAGAGCUUUUGAUAAGAAUGGGGAUAAUACGAUUGAUUUUCUGGAAUAUGUAGCUGCCUUGAAUCUUGUUUUACGAGGAAAACUGGAACACAAACUUAGGUGGACAUUCAAAGUGUAUGACAAGGAUGGGAAUGGCUGCAUAGAUAAACCGGAGCUGCUGGAAAUUGUUGAGUCCAUCUACAAGCUGAAGAAAGUGUGUCGGUCAGAGGUGGAGGAGAGGACCCCGUUGCUCACGCCAGAGGAGGUUGUGGACAGGAUAUUUCAGUUAGUAGAUGAGAAUGGGGAUGGGCAGUUGUCUCUUGAUGAGUUCAUUGAUGGGGCCAGGAAAGACAAGUGGGUGAUGAAGAUGUUGCAAAUGGACGUAAACCCUGGGGGAUGGAUCACUGAGCAGAGGAGAAAGAGUGCUUUGUUUUGAAAAGUCUCUUGAUACAGCUGAAAAAGUGAUGCUGACUACAACUGUGGCUCACUUUCUCUAGGGUGGUAGUGGCUUUCCUUUUUAAUACAAUCUCAGCAUCCAGAUAAAAAUUCUGUGGUUCAAGAAGCCAUAUCUCAAUCUAAAAACCCAUGUGCUGCAUACUGCUGGUACC